AUGAGUCAUAAAACAAAGCCAAAGAAAGAUAACUGGUAUCAAGUUGUUGAACGCGAAGUAAGCUGUGUUGAACAACCUGCAGGUGGACGGUAUAUUCAACUUUGUAGAGCUAUCAAAGAAUCAGAAAAUCUCCAAGCCAUUGCUAGUACUCUUAUUCUCGAAGCAAAGAAAGUAGACGAAAGUGAAUAUACUACUCUAAAUGCCGACCUUUUUAUUAAUCAAUGUGAAGGUGACUUUAAUAAAUUAGUUAGUAAAUUCAAAAUCAAACAAAGCAAUCCAAUAAAAGUGACAGUUCCAGCGACCACAUCAGAAAAUAAAAUGAUAAAGGAAUUGGAAGCUCAGAUAGCUGCAAUGCAAUUAUCUCAAGAAACAUCAUCAAGUCCAGCAGUUGCAACCUCUAGUACAUCAACAUCAAAAACUCUAGCGUCCGUACCUAAAGAAAUAGUGGAAUCGUUAAAGAAAGCAGUAUUUUAUCAGACGAAAAUAGGAAUUCGAGUUUCUGACGAAAUACAUGUCCGUUAUAAUAAACAAACUAUCACUUUCAAACGAGCUGGCUUGGAUGGAAUGGAAUUAUCUAAAGUAGAUGACUUGAUAGAUGAAAUUAAACGUAAAUUGAAAAAUAUUGUUGAAGGUAUAUAUGAAAAAGCUAUCACUCUUCGUCGCGGAGGAAGUGAAGUCUUGAGUCCGGAAACACCAAUCGAUGGAUUAUACAACACAAAAGAAGAAGCAUUGCAUGUCGUAGUUGUUGACAUACCCCUUUUAAACUUAAUUGUGAAAGUACCUGGAAAAGAACUUCAUUUUCGUAAUCAGCGCAUGAGUUCACUUGAUGACAUUAUUAAGUUCAUCAAAAGCGGAGAUUCACUUGCACAACAUAUCGAUGACGAUACAAUUUUCCUAGGUGGUGAUAAAAAAAAUCUGGAUCAACAACAUCUAGAAGCUGCAAAGGAAUCUGGUAUCCUCGAGAUUACUUUAUCUAGUCCAAAUGUCAUAGAUACUGGAUCUGAAAUGCAUAGAGAAAAUCUUGAAAAAGCAUUUAACGUAGAUUAUAUAGAUAAUUUUGGAAUGAAAGAUAAAUUUCUGACUUAUCUAAAUCGUAAGCACAAGACUUGGAAUAAUAAUACCAAUCAUUAUGUUCCAUACAGUACAAUAUUUCAGAGCUCCGGUUAUGGCAAAUCGCGAUUGAUUAAGGAAGUGGCUAGACAAAUUCCUACAGUUUAUCUUUGUCUCCGGGAUGCAAAUAGUACUGGGUAUCCUCCGCGUACAAGUGUUGGUGCAGAUCUAUUUCAACGAGUGCUUAAUGAUUUAAAGGAAGGAGAGGAGUGGAGAUUUCUUUAUGUUUUGCAAGCUAUUAUUCAAUGCUUUAAUGAAGAAUUAGUAAAAUGUGAGUGUGAUACUCAAGUCUUAUGGGAUAAACAAAUGGAUACUUCAUUUUGUGAGAGUGUAUGGAACGAAAUUCAAAAUAGGUCAGAAAAUUGGAAAAAUAUACUUGAGAGUGAAGUGAACAUUAGAGCUAACUUCAUAACUCAAAAUAAUCCAAGUGAUGAUGUUUGUUUUUUAUUUUGUAUUGAUGAGGCUAGAGCUCUCAUUUCACCAUCUAGAAUGCAAAAAAUUUCACCAUUUAGAUUGUUUCGCAGAGCAUUGAGGAAAGUAAAAUGGAAUGGGUUCUUUACCUUACUUUUGGAUACGCUAAGCAAGAUAUCAAAUUUCGCACCUCCCAAAUCAUUAGAUCCGUCACAUUGGGAUAUUGAGGACUUAUCUCUUGAAUUAUUCUACCCAUAUUUUCGACUAACUACAACGGAUGUUUUCGAGGAUAAUGUUUAUGAAGAUGAGUCCUGGAAUUUGGCUAAAAUCUUCUUAGGGGAAAGACUACUUGGUGGAGCAAAUAAUUUUGAAAGUAGCACGCGGGAAAUUUCUAGUUUGGCAAUUCUAUCUUCUGUGAUAGGACUUGAUAUAUCACCACAAUCUCAGUUGGCCUCAGAACUUGUUGCUUCACAUAUGGCUACUUGUCUUUUUGUAUCAGAAGAUAGGGAACGGUUGAUUAUUGCUUAUCCUUCUGAACCUUUACUAUCAGAAGUUGCUUUUGAAUUUAUGUCAGAUUCAAUGUUACCAAAAAUAUUAUGGUUGUUUAGUACUUUACUCAAAAAGGGUCUUGUGGAUCCCGGACCUCAAGGAGAAAUUGUUAGUCGAAUUAUCCUUGCUGUUGUGGCUCAUAAACUAAGAACUGAUGGACCAGAAAAUACAGUUCAAAAAUUUCUUACAGAACUUUAUCAUAAUGAAUCUGUACCAGAAAAUCUAGAUGGUUUUUCAAAAGAAUUUAUUAAUGGAACAGUAGCAUUUACACAUUUUAAUGUGGUUGAUUAUGUACUAGAUUAUGAUGAUUUAGAAAUGACUUAUAUGAGAAGAUGUGCUUUCAUUAUGAAACGAAAUCAUCCUGGUGCAGAUAUCUGCAUUCCUGUUCGCCUGACAACUGGCAAAUAUAGCAUUAUUAUUAUUCAAAUCAAAAAUAUUGAUACUACAAGCAUAAAAGGUGAUGAUGAAUAUCCUGCAUCGGCUAGUUCUAAGUUAAAUUAUAAAUAUGUAUUUACGAGAUCUGAUUUAAAAGAUCAUGAUGAACCAUGUUUAUACUUAUAUUGGCAACUUGGAUAUAAUUAUCACUUUCAGGAGAAGCCUAAUACUGUAUCUACUCGUAGUGGUCAGUUAGAAUCUAAAAAUUUACAUUGGGCUACUUUUGGUCUUAGACAUUAUAAAAUUGAUGAUAUUUUAGAAAUUAUUGAGGACAUUUUGACUUCUCACAUUUCUCCAUUUGACUCUGAAUGGAAAGUUAAUAAUGAAAAAGAUGGAGAUACUUGGGAUGGAAAUGAAAUAAAAAUCAUACAUCCUGUCAGGUAUAGAAAAUUUAAAGAGGAUAAGAAAGUUGUUGCUAAAUAG